UAAAAAAGAUCUCAUGUUCACUACUAAGGAGCAACUAAUAAAACGUACUGAAAAUCCUAUUGGUCGUUACGAUUUUUUAAAACUUUUAGCAGCAGAAUAUAAAACUACUAAAUCUAAAGAAGCAAAGGAACAAGUUCUAGCAAAUCUUGCUAAUUUUGCUUACGAUCCUAUUAAUUAUGGAUAUAUAAGACAGUUACAAAUAAUUGAUUUAUUUCUUCACGCAUUAUCUGAAAAUAAUGUAAAGUUGGUACGUUGGGCAGCAGGAGGCAUUUGUAAUUUAUGCGUUGAUCCAAUAAAUAAAUUAUACAUUUACAGCAAUCAAGGCAUUAAACUUCUAACGUCAAUACUUGUUUCACAAAAUGAAGACACUGCUCUAUCUGCAAUUACUAGUUUAAUAUAUUUAAUUACUCCCGAAUCAAAAGCUGAAAUAACAUCGAGACAAUUGAAAGAAUAUUUCAAAACAAUUACAAAGGAUGAUAUAUUAAAUUUUGCUGAAUUAACUGGUGAUUAUAAUCCAGUACACCGUCAAUGCCCCAAUAAUCUUGUUCAUGGUGCACUUCUUAAUGGCUUAGUGUCAGGAGUACUUGGAACAAAAUUACCAGGUCCAGGAACCCUAGUGGUUGAACAAAAUCUUAAAUAUCCAGCACCGUGUUAUGCAGGAGAUAUAGUAGAAAUAAAAGUAGAAAUUGUUUCUCCAAGAAAAAUUAUGGAAUGUAAAUAUGUUUGCAUUGCAAAUGGACAGAAAAUAGUUUUAAAAGGCAAUGCAAAAGUCAUUAAAAAGUUAUAAAUUUUAUGUUUUGUAAAUAAUCCUGCUAAGAAAUAAUGUAUAAACGAAUACAGUAUAAAAAUACAGAAUAUAAUUAUAUAUUA